AUGCUAGUAGACGUUGUUUUCAGAGGUAUUGAUGUUGUGCGAAACAAAAUAAAGUCAUUCUGUCAAACGAAAGUCACUCUUCCUCCUAAGCGCCAAAAACUAAUAAUCCUCGACGAGGCUGAUUCAAUGACCGAGGGAGCGCAACAGGCUUUGCGGCGUAUAAUGGAGAACUAUAGCGAAACAACACGUUUUGCUCUGGCCUGCAAUCAAUCUGAUAAAAUUAUUGAACCCGUGCAGUCUCGCUGUGCAAUUCUGCGGUUCCAUAAGCUCACUGACGCACAACUCGCACACAGACUUGAAGAAGUGUGUAAAGCGGAAAACGUUAGCUAUGAUGAUGAAGGGCUCAAUGCUCUCCUGUUCACGGCGCAGGGAGAUAUGCGACAGGCACUGAAUAAUCUGCAAUGUACGGUAUCUGCCUAUAAUUACGUUUCUGCUGAAAACGUGUUGAAGGGUAUGCGAUGCCCACCACAUCCGCACACUGAGUGGCAAACAUCUCUCGCUGUGCGCCGGAGCAUGAAAUUUAAAGAGCUGCCCAGAUUGUCCACGACUUCUACAAUCAUGGGUCAGGUCAGAGGGUAUUCCAGAAUGGGCUACUCUCCUGAGGAUAUCAUCUCAAACAUGUUCCGUGUAUCGAAAACUGUUCCUCUACCAGAGUUCGUGAAAAUGGAGUUCAUGAAGGAAAUUGGAUUAUGUCAUAUGCGGAUCAGCGAAGGGCUUUCGUCCCUGCUACAACUUUCCGGGCUGGUCGCUAGACUAUGUGCCAUCCAAGCGCACUGA